AAAAAAGUUCCAACCCGCCACCGGUCUGUGCCGCCAUCAUCGCGCCGUGAUUGGCCGCCCCGCCCCCGGCGUGCAGAGGUGGAGGCGUCACGGCGUCUAUAUGAACGCCGGAGCCUCUCAGUCCGCCAGCAAAGCCACACUUGGACGUAACAAACACUCCCGACCCACGCGGACCUCACACGCCGAGCAGCACGCAGCACAGCGCGGACAUGUACCCGCACCUCAGCGGCCUGCUGCUGGUCCUCAGCCUGCUGCAGCUCCCGCACACUGACGGCUGCUCCUGCGCGCUCACGCACCCGCAGGACGCCUACUGCGACUCCGACAUCGUCAUUCGUGCUAAAGUGGUGGGCAAGAAGCUGGUGAGAGGUGGACCCUUUGGCACCAUGAGCUACACCGUCAAGCAAAUGAAGAUGUACAAGGGCUUUGACAAAGUGCCGCACGUGCAGCACAUCUACACGGACGCCUCGGAGAGCUUGUGCGGCGUCAAGUUGGACAUCAACAAGUACCAGUACCUGAUCACAGGGCGGGUGUACGAGGGCAAGGUGUACACGGGGCUGUGCAACUUCAACGAGAGGUGGGAGCGACUGUCCCUGGCUCAGAAGAAAGGCAUCAACCAUCGCUACCAGCUGGGCUGCAGCUGCAAGAUCAAGCCCUGCCACUACCUGCCCUGCUUCGUGACGUCCAAGAGCGAGUGCCUGUGGACGGACAUGUUGUCCCACUUUGGCCACCCGGGCCACCAGUCCCGCCACUACUUCUGCAGCAAGCAGAAGGAGGGCUACUGCGGCUGGCACCGCGGCAUGAGCGCCCGCGACAAAACCGCCGUCAACACCACCGACCCCUGAGGGCCCCCUGACUCCACCUGGCCCCCCCACAGUGGCGCCCCAGUCAAGGGCGACAAAGGACAAGAAAUGCGUUGCCGUGCCUGUUUGCUCGCACUUCUGAUGGAAUACUUUAGCGCCCAAUUAGACAUCCAAUAAUCCUCAAUUAGACAUCCAAUAUUCCUCAAUUCCACAUCCAAUAUUCCUCAAUUAGACAUCCAAUAAUCCUCAAUUAGACAUCCAAUAUUCCUCAAUUACACAUCCAAUAUUCCUGAAUUCGACAUCCAAUAUUCCUCAAUUAGACAUCCAAUAUUCCUGAAUCGGACAUCCAAUAUUCCUGAAUCGGACAUCCAAUAUUCCUGAAUCGGACAUCCAAUAUUCCUGAAUUCGACAUCCAAUAUUGGCUGAACAGAAUGUACAACUUAGAUGGCAACAUCAUCCGACCAAUCAAUCAUCCAGCAGCAUCCACGAUGCUCAAUAAGUGCACCAAGGCAGAAGCUUUACAGGUCAUGUGACAGGGGUGUCCAAACUUUUUCACGACUGAAGAAAUCAAAACGUGCGGGGGCCAUUUUCGUAUUUGUCAUUUUCUAAACCAAAAUACUAUAUGUGUAUUUUUUUUUUUUUAGUCUUAAGGGUCUCCUUUUAAAAAUGCUGUAAAAUAAGCCUUUUAUUUUUAUUUUAUUUUUUUAUUAUAAUGAUUUGACGCUUGAUUCUCUACAUCAACGUCAG